UUAAAAACAGUUAAAAUAUGUCUAUUAGCCGUGCGAUUUUAGGCGUUUUCUGCUUCGUGGUACUUAUGACUUUUCUGGCAGUGAAUGCACAAAAACAAAGAGCUGUUUGUUCUCAGCCGCGUCUAGUUGGCCAUUGUCGCGCUUUGUUGCGUCGCUACUAUUACGAUUCCACUUCGAAUGCUUGUAAGCAAUUCUACUAUGGCGGCUGCGGUGGAAAUGGCAAUAAUUUUGUAAGAAAAUCAGGCUGCAAAGCUGCUUGUGUAAGAAAUUAGUAUGUGUCUCCUAUAAAGC